GAGGGACCUUCUUGGAAUUAUCGUCAGCUUGGCCGUCCAUUCGGCAACGGAAGGUAAUUCAUGCACACACAACAUACAUAAUCCACCCAAAGUCUCCAUUUCUCCUAAAGCUUAACCCAAGAAAGAGAAUAUCAUCAGUCAAAGAUCAUGAGCGGGAAUCUAGAAGCAGUCCUUAGUUCGGGAGAGAAGAUCCCAUUGCUGGGCAUGGGAACAGCAGCCGCGGCCAUCUCUGAUGAUCUCGUGUCCACAUUCAUCCAGGCUAUUGAUCUUGGCUACAGGCACUUCGACACGGCUGCACUGUACGGGACGGAACAGCAAAUUGGCAAAGCCAUAGCAGAAGCGCUACGACGUGGCAUCAUCAAGACCCGCAGCGAGCUCUUCAUCACCUCCAAGCUAUGGUGCAUCGAUGCGCACAGCAACCGUGUCCUUCCGGCGCUGAGGAAAACCUUAGAGAAUCUAGGGUUGGAGUACCUUGAUCUCUAUCUCAUUCACUGGCCAUUGGGCUUGAAGCCAGCGGAAUAUAAAUUUCCAUUUAACAAGGAGGACCUUGUCCCCAUGGAUUUCAAAUCUGUAUGGGAAGCAAUGGAGGAGUGUCAAAAGCUGGGCCUCACAAAAUCCAUUGGAGUCAGCAACUUUUCUUCCAAGAAGCUAUUGCAACUGAUGGCCCAUGCCAAGAUACCUCCAGCAGUGAAUCAGGUGGAAAUGAACGCAGCAUGGCAGCAAAGGAAGCUUAGAGAGUUCUGCAAUGAGCAUGGAAUUCACGUGAGUGCAUGGUCUCCACUUGGGGCAAAUGGAGCCUACUGGGGAUCGCUUGCAGUGAUGGAGAGUCCAAUCCUUAAACAAAUUGCACACGCCAGAGGAAAAUCUAUUGCUCAGGUUUCUCUAAGGUGGUUGUAUGAGCAAGGAGUGAGUGUGGUGGUGAAAAGCUUCAACAAGGAGAGAAUGAAAGAGAACCUUCAGAUCUUCGAUUGGGCAUUGAGUGAGCAAGAUUUGCAAGAAAUCAGUCAGAUUCCACAGCAUAGGGGAUUUUCGGGAGAAAUCUUCGUUUCACCAGGUGGGCCAUUUAAAACGAUAGAGGAGCUGUGGGACGAGGAGGCAUAACACACCUCUAUCUAUUUCUCCCAGUGUGUCAUGACGGAACGGUUUGCUAAAUCCUCAUAUAUGUGCAGAUAUGGAACACGUGUAAGAUCUGGGCUUUCAUUAACGUUUUUAGAUUUGAUGGCCUAAAAUUGCCAUCGCACACCUCAUAAGAGACAAUAUAUAAAACAAAUGGAUGGCAAAAUAUAAUGAUUUUAAUCCCCAGUUUAUACUAAUUUCUCGGCUCCGUUAAAUUCUUUUAUUUUUGUGUAGAUGGGAUUGGCCAAAUCAUGCAUUUGCUUAAUAAGGCAAUAUUAUAUGAUAUUUUGUUUUA